GCAUAUGAACAGAGCGGCGCCAUUUUUCUCAUCUAACGUAUCAUGGCUUUUCUUUUCUCUCCUGAUCACGCCAAGAUAGUAAGGGUCUAUGAAGGAAGAAGGAGCGAAGGCAACUGGGCAAUGGUGAUACAUUUCAAGCGAAACCUCUUCUCGUUCUUGAUCGCUGCGGCUCUCUUCACCCCUGUGGUUGAUGGCCAAUAUGCCGGUUUGUCAUUAUUGACAGGUUCAAUUGCAAUACCACCUGCUCAACUUUACCUCCAAGCGGUAUUUUCUCCGCCUGCUCCACAGGCAUUCCCAAUUCAACCUCAAAAUAGACGACAGUUGGAAGGGCCAGCUUCGGCGCCAAAUGUACCGUUUCCUCGCCCGCCGCCUGUAUAUAAUCCGCCUCCUAGCGAGGCACAUUCGUCUCCUCCCCCGCCACCACCUGUACAUGAUCUGCCUCCUCCCCCGCCACUACUACAUGCUCCGCCUCCUCCACCACCUUCUCAUUCAGGCGUCAUAGUCGGGUCCGUCGUGGGCGUCAUCGCAGUGGUUGCAUUAAUCGGAGCUGCCGUCGCGUGGAAGUACAAGAAGAAGCCAGCAAAAGGAGAUGUUGAGCAACCAGGUGGACAAAACACCCAAGAAACAACAAUGCAAAGCCCAAAGGACAAUCAUGCCUUCCUCCCUGUUAAAGGAAAGGCAGUGGCUUACUUGAUGGGAGCUCUAGAAGCGCCGACAAAAGCAGGCAACGGAACCACCACGGAGAAAACAACUUUUGCAGCUAAAGGAGCUAAAGAAUCAGGAUGCCAUUUAGCUAGCGAAGUGUCAAGCACUAGAACCGCCGACAGAACGGCGCUGGUGGCUGCGGGUGCACGUCAUUUUACCUACAACGAGAUCCUGAGCAUUACUGGAAACUUCGAUCAGAUCAUUGGGGAAGGAGGGUCUUCCACCGUCUAUUGCGGCCAGCUACCAGAAGGUGGUCUUAAGGUUGCUGUCAAGAAAUUGAAAGAGCCAGGCUCACAAUUUGGCACAUUCCUUGCUGAGAUCAAGAUUUUGAUGAGAAUCCAUCACAAGAACUUGGUUCCAUUAGUUGGCUUAUGCGAAGAACGAGAUGAAAUAAUACUUGUGUCCGAGUACAUGGCCGGUGGAAGUCUAUCUGAGAUAUUAAAAGCCAGGGCCAGUGAGUUGACGUGGAGAAAACGACUGCAGAUAGCAAUAGACGCUGCGACAGGGUUAGAAUAUCUGCAUACAGGAUGCAAACCAGCAGUCAUUCACAGAGAUAUCAAGCCCGCAAACAUUCUCUUGGAUGAAAAUCUGCAAGCCAAGUUAGCAGAUUUUGGGCUGUCCAAGGCGGGAGCAGUAGAUGGAACAGAGUAUUCAGCUUAUCAAACCAAAGUUGUUGGCACAUUGGGAUACAUUGAUCCUGAGUAUCUCUAUACACAGACUCUCACUAAAAAGAGUGAUGUGUAUAGUUUUGGGGUAGUUCUUUUUGAGCUCAUAACAGGGAAGCCUGCCAUAAUGAUCACUGAAACAAAUCAAAAGUGCCAUCUCUCGAACUGGGUCGUGCCUAUGCUCAUGAGAGGGAAUAUAGAGAGUCUACUUGAUCCAUUGUUGAAGGGCCAGUGUAAUGUCCAGUCUGUAUGGGAAGUAGCAGCGCUUGCAAAGACUGCCACACAACAACCAACUGAAAGACCAGAUAUAGCCGAGAUCGUCAGGACGCUGAAGGCAGCCUUAAGGAUGGAAACUUCUUGGGUGGACAUGGCUUUCUUAUCUGAAACGAUGACCAGCCGAUCUUCUUUUGAUGAAAUCCCACAUAAUCCGGUGGCGAGAUAGUUCACGCAUCUUCCUCUACUGCCAUCGGUUCCCCACUCUUCCUCUUAGUUUCAUCAUAUUUCAAACUGCAGAGCCUUCUUCCUCAUUGAAAAAGGGCGUCUCAUUUAUGUCGAUCCUGGUUAUAACAACUAUUCUCUUCAAACAAGCCUGUAUGUUCCUUGUUUUUUCAUAAAAGCAAUGUGGAUGCAGUUUUUUU